UAUAAAGGGGUGGAAAAGUGACUAUUACCUGCAGGGCAAACAUUAGCUAACCAGAAGGCAAUAACAAUGUAAACAAAAAACACCUGCUUAAAAGAUCUAAUACAAAUGUCCCUGUGGAAUGUAAGGUGGGAGUACUGUAAUUACCUAACGUUACAUUAUUAUUUUCCACAACAAUUUAGCCCCCUCCACAAUAUUAACCCGACGUUAAAACAGAACUAGCUAUUUAUUGAUUAGCAAUUGCCGAAUCAUGUAACAUUAGCUCAAUGCUAAAAAGCCAGGUUACUAUCACAUUCUGUAACAGACAAAUAAUUUCAUGUAGGCUAACGUUACCUACCUGCUACCUCUGUCUUUUUCUCGUUUCUCCUCUUCUUUUCUCUUCCCUGGGCACCUGACAGUUUUGGCCGUUUUGACAUCUUGUGUUGAUUUUUUGAUGUGGUGAUAUCCAAAAAGAGUCAUGAUACGGGAAGGGAGAGGGCGCACCGUGCGGGGGCGUAAUGUUGUAACAAAUAAUAAGGCUUUACUUUGCAUUUUAAUUAACGUGGGAUUAUUUUUUGUAUUUAGAAAUAAUAGUACAAACUUUUUUUUUUCUUUUUUUUUUUUCUCCAACAUUUGUGGCACUGGCGUGGCGCCCUUAGCAUUUGCCUAUACGGCCUAUGCCACGGGCCGGCCCUGCAAUUAGGAAAUGUAGGCCUUACUUUCUUCAAUUGACAUUUAUGUAGAAAACAUUUUGCCUGGAGCAUAAUAAUGUUGACAAACAUUUCUAUGUUACACUCCUUUAUAAUAAUGUUGACAAACAUUUCUAUGUUACACUCCUUUUAUAAUAAUGUUGACUAACAUUUCUAUGUUACACUCCUUUUAUAAUAAUGUUGACAAAUAUUUCUAUGUUACACUCCUUUAUAAUAAUGUUGACAAACAUUUCUAUGUUACACUCCUUUUAUAAUAAUGUUGACAAACAUUUCUAUGUUACACUCCUUUAUAAUAAUGUUGACAAAUAUUUCUAUGUUACAGUCCUUUAUAAUAAUGUUGACAAACAUUUCUAUGUUACACUCCUUUAUAAUAAUGUUGACAAAUAUUUCUAUGUUACACUCCUUUAUAAUAAUGUUGACAAAUAUUUCUAUGUUACACUCCUUUAUAAUAAUGUUGACAAACAUUUCUAUGUUACAGUCCUUUAUAAUAAUGUUGACAAACAUUUCUAUGUUCCACUCCUUUAUAAUAAUGUUGACAAACAUUUCUAUGUUACAGUCCUUUAUAAUAAAAAAAUAAUACCAAAUGUGAUCAACACGCUUUUUAAAGUAAAUCGCAAGGAAGAACCACAUUUGUAAAAAGGGCGCUUUUUUUUUAAUUUUUUUAAAUAAGUUGGGAUGACGUCAGAAACCCCCGCACAUGCGCACUGUGAAAGAACGCCGACUCGGUUGACGUCAAGAUGGCAUCCUCCUCGACAACAGAGGCCCUUUGGUAAAUUUAUUUCACAAUUACUCGACAUUUCCCCCCGCUAUCGGCUGCAACAAAGAAGGCGUUUUUAUAAAAAGUCGCGCUUGUCGUCGUCGUCGACUUUAAUAACAUGGCGACUGGAGCCCGCCGUGCUAGAGUAGGCCUCUGACGUCAUCAUUAGUGGACGGCUUCAAAGCCAGCGUUUUUUGCUACGAUGAGACAUAAAAACGCCACUUAGCCGCUCGCCCGCGGUGCGCGACUAAAUAGGACUCGUUGAUGCUGGCGUGGGGUCUGAGAGGAGAGUUUAAGACGAGCCAAGUACGCUAAGUGUGAGAAUAUAGCGGCGCAUGCUAGGCUAGGCUAGGCUAGCUAGCUAACCUGACCUCGUCCUUAAGUAGUUUUAAAAUGUUCCUAAGUAACAAUUGUACCUUCUUAAAGGAGGAACAUCCGGGCACUUAGCCAGUAUUAACAACACUUAUUGGUGAACUCACCUAAGUACCUUCUUAAAGGAGCAGUAGUGGAACAUCCGGGCAUUUAGCCAGUAUUAACAACACUUAUUGGUGAACUCACCUAAGUACCUUCUUAAAGGAGCAGUAGUGGAACAUCCGGGCAUUUUGCAGUAGUGGAACAUCCGGGCAUCCAGCCAGUAUUAACAGCACUUAAUGGUGAGUUACUCCAAGUAGACUUAUUAGCUUCCAUGAGGGAGCCUCGCUCUCGGACUUGACUGGGGGUGGUGGGGAGGGCGAAGAUGUCGGAGCUGCCGCAGAUGCCGCCGGAGCUCUGGGUGUCCGUGUUCAGCUACCUGAGCACGGAGGAGAAGCACGCCGUCCGCGGCUGCUGCCGAGCCCUGAAGAAGCUGGUGGACCACCCGUACCUGUGGAGGAGGUACACGGUGGUGCUGACGGACCUCCGCCGCUACACCUUCGGCUUCUGGGACACCCUGCGCCAGCGCAAGCUGACCCGGGUGGCGGUGCGCCACCUCCGGCGGAAGGAGUGGCGGCGGCUGGUCAAGUUCCUGCCGACGCUCACCGCCAUCGUGUUCGUGGACGGCGGGCGGGUCUACAAGCAGAAGUACCUGGACCACCUGAUGCAGUUCCCGGACAUCAGGGACGUGGGCGUGCGGGACACCACCUGGACGGAGCCCAUGCUGGGCCCCGGCCUGAUCGCCCACCUGAAGGAGCGGCUGACGCACUUGAGCGUGUGCAACGUCAGCCUGCCGUGCACCGUGGCCUUCGUGGCGGCCGUGUCGCAGCUCGGCAACCUGCGCUACCUGCUCUUCCACCAGCAGGGCUACGGCCUGGACAAGGUGCGCCCCGUGCCCCGGGAAGACUUCCACCACAUGAUGGUGCGCCUAAAGAAGCUCAAACACCUCUCCUGGGGGAUGCGGGGGGAGCCGCAGGAACCUCUGCCAGAUGACUACCUGAGCCCCCCGGACCCUCGGCAACCAGGCUCCCAGUACGGCGGGCCGGCCCUGACCACCUUGGAGCUGGUGGACUACCCCGAGACCAUCCUGCCCGAGACGGCCCUCUGGAGCCUGACCUCGCUGCGCUCGCUGACGGUGCGCUACAGGUACAUCCGAGAUGGUGUGGACUGUCGCCUGACCUCCUGGCUGACUCCCCUCAAGAACCUGGAGUCUCUCAGCAUCAUCGGUGGGAACUCCCUGGCCGUCUACACCACCACCAUCCCUGCCAGCGUGACCAGCCUGACUCUGCGCGUGGCCAUCACUCUCAAGGACCUGGACUCCAUCGCCCCCAAGGUCCUGUCCCUGGAGCACCUGGACAUCGAGCAGAACCGCUCCAGUGGCAGCCUGUGUCGCCGCAUCCCCAUGCUGUUCCCCCAGCUCAGGACUCUGCGCAUCAGGUUCUUCCGCCGGGAGCCGGAGAAGGACCUGCUGAGCCUCCACCGCCUGCGGCACCUGGAGCGGCUGGAGCUGCUGGUGGAGCGCUCCUUCAUCCUGAGGGACUACCUGAACGGACACCCCUGGCCCAGCCCCACCGUGCAGGGGCUCAUCAACCAGCUGCGGGGGAUGUCGGCCAACAGGAUCACCGUGGUCACCGCCAUGCGCCAGAGAAACCCCCUGAGGGAGUGCAACUGCGUGUGGGAGGGAGACCGAUGAGUACUCCUCUUUUCUCCCGUUUAGGACUUUGACGUAGCUGCGUUCCCGCUCUAGUUUAUUUCUAUCUUACCAUUUUCCUUUCAAACCUUUUGGACGAUUGAUCGUAAUCAUCGAUAGCUAAUGCUAGGCUACAUGCUAAAUGAGCCUUUAGCCGCAAAAGCAUUACAUAAAAAGUACUCGGUACUUGUGGACCGGAUGAAGAUUGUACAGCACUUUGAGUUUCUGGAAAGGGGCGGCAAAUAAGUUCUAAUGAAAAAUUGGAUGGAAAUGCUGCCAGUUAGCAUGCUAGCGUUGGCUAACGACAAAAAAACAACUGCGUGUGGGAGGGCGACUGAUAAGUACUCCUCUUUUCUCCCAUUCAGGACUUUCAUGAACUGUACUAUUGCUGCGUUCCCGCUCUAGUUUAUUUCUAUCUUACUAUUUUCCUUUCAAACCUUUUGGACGAUUGAUCGUAAUCAUUGAUAGCUAAUGCUAGGCUACAUGCUAAAUGAGCCUUCAGCCGCAAAAGCAUUACAUAAAAAGUACUCGGUACUUGUGGACCGGAUGAAGAUUGUACAGCACUUUGGGUUUCUGGAAAGAGGCGGCAAAUAAAUUCUGACGAAAAAGAUUGGGUGAAAAAUUGGAUGGAAAUGCUGCCCGUUAGCAUGCUAGCGUCGGUUAACGACCAAAAAAACAGACUGGCGAUACCAGCAAGAACGCUAACGUUAUCAUGCCAACUUUUUAGCUAAUUGUGUACCCUCAGUACUGUUUACUGUUAGCAUGCUAAUGUUAUUUCGUAGCAAAUUUUACAGCCAUACACCUCAGAGCUCUAACUUUGUGCUUGAAACGUUAACUGUUGGCAUGCGAAUGUUAUGCUAACAUUUUAGCUGUAUGUUAAUAUUUUCCUUUCAACCGAUUUUGGACGAUUGAUCGUAAUCAUCGAUAGCUUAUGCUAGGCUCCAUGCUAAAUGAGCCUUUAGCCGCAAAAGCAGUACAUAAUAAGUACUCGGUACUUAUGAACCAACAAUGAAGAUUGCA